CGUCUUAAAUUGAAGAUACUACUGCUGAAAACUGGAGACGUAGAUCUAGAAGCUGGAGUAAAAUUAAUAAAAUUUGUUUGAACAGAUAUUUACAAGUAUUCCAAUGAGUAAUUAUGGAAGAUUAAAUCCUGAGGAUGAAGCGCUGCAAAAAACAGUUGGUGAUGCUCUGAACAUUCAGUUGACGAAAGAAGAGAUGGCUGUUUUGACAGAGUGCCAGCAUAAUUCUGUUUUUCAUCGGGGUCUUCCACUGGGUGUUGUUGCGGCUGGUGGAUUUCAUUAUAUGAUGAAAACAGGUAUUAUGAAGAAGAACAUCGGCACUUUGAUAGUGAGUGGACUGUCAGGGUUUUUGAUCGGGACUAUAUCAUACAGAUCUGUUUGUAUGGAGAAACUGAUGGCACUUCCUCACAGUACUUUGAAAGAAAGAAUUUUGGCGGCUCAAGGAGUACAACCAGUUAAGGUUGAUUUACAAUCUUCAGAUAAUCAGUCGCAGACUUGGUACGACAUUCAUCCUAUUAACGAACCUUAUAGAGAUGCUCCGAUGGGUUCAUCGCUUGAUGUUGAACCUUAUCAAUCUCAUCAUGAUGGAUACUCUAAUACACAUAUAGAUACUGAGUCAGCAUUUGCGUUGGAUCCACCGUUACAACCAAUAGGUCGUGAUAAAUAUACAUCAUACGAUGAAUUACGUCGUAGAAAUCGUGAGGAAUAUGAAAGGUCUAAUUCUUCAAGCCGGCCAUCGAGGCCUUACAGACCAGAGCCACCACCACCACCCCCAUCGUCGUCGGAAUUCGACUCUAAAUACUCGUCAUUCGACAGACCUUACGAUCCGCCGUCAUUCGAUCCUCCGAGACGUGAUGAUUUUCUGUGAUUUCCUCCACACUUUCAUUUCAUUUAAUUUUCUUUUUUUCAGUAGUGCUGUGUUUAUACUCACUUGGUACUUUGUACGUAUGUGUAUUAUAUAAAAAAAAAAUAUAAUAAGCAAUCUUGUUAAUUAAUUAAA